GGGACAAUUUUAUUGGCGGUUGAAAGGCAAGAAUGCGCAUGCCUGGAGGCAGAAGUUAGGUUUAGAGUUUACUGCGUCCUCUGAUUGGUGGAAACUGUGAGCGAGCGAAGGGAGAAUUGAAGUGGGUGAGAAAAUUUAAUCACUAUGGAGAUUGUCACGUGGCAGUUCGCGCUCCGAUUAGCCCGCGCUGCCUUCCAAUCACAAUUGAGUUGUUGGAUUCAAAUUGAGUUGGGCGGGGACGCUGGUUUUGGGUGAGUCAAUUGAUUUGCUAGGGGGAGCCGUUGCUGUGGGAGAGGAGGCGAAAGAGGCGCUGGGAGCCACACGAACAACCGCCUUCAUCAUGUCCCACAAGCAGAUCUAUUACUCGGACAAGUACUUCGACGAGAACUACGAGUACCGGCAUGUAAUGUUACCAAGAGAACUGUCAAAACAAGUACCAAAAACUCAUCUAAUGUCUGAGGAAGAAUGGAGAAGACUUGGUGUACAGCAGAGCCUUGGCUGGGUCCACUAUAUGAUUCAUGAGCCAGAACCACAUAUUCUCCUUUUUCGAAGACCACUUCCAAAAGACCAGCAGAAAUGAAUAACUUCUGGAAACUUCUUUGGAAAUCUUCUGGAACUUUAUGUAUAUGGAUGUAUAUAUGUUGAUAGUAUUCAGUGAAUACUUGAAAAAAGUACAAAAGUAAUUACCUGUGCAUGAGCUGUAUUAUUCACAGCAACAGAGCUCAGUAAAAUGCAAAGUAGGCUGCUAUGGUUUGUACUGUUAAGUGCCUAUUUCUCCAUUGUGUUCAAUAAAGUUUACAAGUUACACAGAAUAUGUUGACUAGGUUCUCAAAUAUUCAAAGAUCUAAUGCUUUUAUUCUUUCUAUAGCAGUUGAAGAAUCGUUUGGCUUUUGAUUUGUUGAAAUAGGGCUGAUGAAAUAAAAUCUGUUUUAAUGCUA